AUGGCCGGCCGCAAGCGGAGGUCGUCCAACUCGACCGUCUCGACCGUUGACGACCGGGGCAUCAAAUGGACCAAGGAGUCGGCCGUCCUGAAGAAGGUGUCGCCAAACACCGACUCCAACGAGUGGCCCUGCUUUGUCCUCAGCGACGCCGUCGCCUACCAUAAGGAUGGCAGGCGCAUAGCGAAUAUCCUCAAGGUCGAUCUCAAUGGGCCCUUCAUCUUGCGCGGCAAGCUGGAGAUCGACGAGAAGGACCAGCUCAAGUAUCUGGUCAAAUCGAGUCUCAAGUCCGCCCACGUCGAGGUCCAAGGCAGCACUAGGUAUUCUAUUGGGAUCGGCCCUUACCCUGUGGUAUGGGCUUCCGGCGAGGCGGGGUGGUUUGAGAUCAGGCCGGCGCGGAGAUACGAAGCCACGUACAACCAGAUGUGUCAGGCCAUCUCGCUCUACUAUGCAGUUAUGGACGUAUAUGACGAGAUAUGGGCGACCAAGGGCAAGGGUAAGCGCCGGCAGGAGCUCGCCAAAGUCAAGAUCAACGAUGUCUUGUUCAAGUACGCCGUUUCAGUAGGCGAUGGCGCCGUCCUCGAAGAAGUCAAAGACCGGUGCCGCCGGCAUGCGCAGUUUCUACUGGCCCACUUCCCCAAGGAGGAGAACACUGAGUGGCACUGGCGAGAUACGAGCUUCUAUAGAUGGAUGAGGGAACGACACCCAGACAUCCAAAAGAAAUUGGACGACGCAGCAGCGGGGAAGCCGGUUGCGCCAGAGACGAUCGAGGUGGAGGACGACAGCACGACAGAAGACGAACCCGUCAGACCACCCUCUAGAAGCCGCAGCAAGUCCACCCAGCUGCCGAAGCGAGAAAGCGAAGACUUUGUCAUGCUCGAUGCGCCAGUGGGGCGAUCAUCACGACAGUCCUCAGAACUAGCCAGAAACGCAACACCAAAGUCAGACCGCAAAUCCCCCAACCGGAACCGCGUCGUCCCCAUCAUCCCUCCCGCACAACCACCCUCAGCAACAUCAUCAUCAGCGGCGCAGCCACCACCCGCCGUCUCCUCCACUACUACCGACGCAAACACACCAUCUCAAACCGCUGCACCUGCUUCCCAGCACCAACUCCUAGCCGACGUCAUCAACGACAUCGGCCGCGAGUCCGGAGACUACUCCAAGCUCAAGAUGGGCACCCUCAACGCGCGCAUCUACUACCGGUGCCGAAUCAAGGUCUAUAACUCAGUCUCCGAGAUCACCAGGUACUACGCGCGGCAGGUCCUGCCCCUCCUCGAUCCCGAGUGGGCAGAGAGCCCCUACCGGAAGUGGCUCGAGGAGCAGGCGGCCCAGCCGCCCGCCCUGCCCCAGCUCAUCGACCUCGACGACGUGCCGCGGCAGCUCGAGCGCCGCGGCAACAAGCAGCACCCUUCCAGCAACAGCAGUAACAGUAAUACCGCAACGGCGGCGGCGGCGACAGCAGCGGCGGCGGCGGCGACAGCAGCGGCGGCGGCGGCGGUAUCGACGCCCGGAAGCGGGACGUCUACGCCGCGCAACCGUGCCAGCAGCAACGCCUCCUCGCGCAGGGGCAGCAGGAACAUGCUGCAGCUACAGCAGCAGCAACAGCAGCAGCGGCCCCGCCGCUCCGGCAAAGCCGCGGGCCUGCGCCUCGCGUCGGUCCUGACGCGCAAGCGGCCGCGCUCCGAGCUCGACGACGACGGCACGCCGGACGAUAACACCGACAGCAGCGGCCGGCGCGGCAAGAAGACGGCCAAGACGUCGCACUUUUUCGGCGACGACGACUCGUCCAACGACAACGAGGAGGAGGAUGAGGACGACGACGACAACGAAGAAGAAGCAGAGGAGGAGGACGGUGGUGACGAGAACGGCGAGGAGAACCUCUCGGACGUGGCCCUCGACUCGGACGAGGACCCGACCGUCGGCGGCAGGACCACCGCCAACAACAGCAAAGACCCCGUGCGCCUCGUCGUGCGCGCCUCGCCCCUGCCCAGCACGAAGCCCCAGGGCCCCGGCGGGACGUGGACGUGCGGCGAGGAAGGGUGCGGGUUCGUCGUGCGGUCGGCCGAGGACCACGAGGGCAGGGCCGCCGUCGCGCGGCACUUUGCCGAGCACGAGGAGCAGGCGAGCCGGAUCGGCAUCGCGCUCGACGAGGGGAGCCGGGGCCACAUGCCCAUCAGCCAUCUGCUCGAAAAGAUCCGCGCCCUGGGCGAAAAGGCCGAGGGCGGCCCGCAGCAGCGCGUCGACGGGCAAAAGGUGCCGCAGGCCAUCAGGAGGCGGCUGCUCAUCUAA